AUGGAGGAUGAGCGACCACGACAGCCCAAGGGUAUCCUACGCGAGGACCCGAGAAACCCACGGAUGUCGGCUCCAAUGGACAUGUGGCUGAAGCUCGCCGAGACGGCGACGGCGUUCGGGGCUGCAAUGCACGAUAUCGUGAUGUAUUCGUACGAGAUGCAAAAGCAGGAAUCUCAGAAACGCGCAAACCGGCGUCAGCAAGGGGAAUCGAGCCGUUCGGUCGAGUUCCGGAACGAAGUCAGGCUCUACGAGUACUACGACAGCGACGACACGGAGGAGGUACCGUUCGAAAGUACCUGCGAUCUGAACGUGAACGAGUCCCGACCACGGCUUGGCGGGAGAGGUCGACACCGCCAGAAGAAAUGGUGGCACGUGGAGAUCCCCGACGAGGACGAUUGGGAGCAGCGCGAACAACCGGAAUCUCAAGAGUGUCGCGAGGAGGGGCCCGCGGACGGCGUCGCCCAGGUUUUGGAGGUGCCCGAGUUGCCCGUCAUCAACGAUGACGACGAAGACACCGAAAGGGAUCCGGAGCGACCGGUUCAAGAACCGAAUCAACGAGAUACCGAGCGUCGCGAGCGCACCGAAAACGAGCAGCAAGAAGCAAGGGAUGAGCGUACGCGAGUCGAACAACAACGGUGUGUCGACUGUUGGGGGUUCACCCACCGGCGAGGUGACCCGGUUUGUCCAGCCCGAACAAAUGAAUGCUACUAUUGUCACGAGUUCGGACACUUUGCUCGCUGCUGUGCAGCGAAGAUCGACACUGUCAAGUGUUAUAGUUGUGGGAAGUGGGGACACUUCCAGAGAGACUGCGUGCAGCAUCAUGUGAUGUUGCGAAGUUUGAAGUGA